AUGGUCGUCGGUCUACCUGCACACGCGUCUCUCAGUGCAGACAUCUUCUUCACCGUCACAAAGAGUAUCAGCAUUUACGGCUCGUAUGUUGGCAAUCGCCAAGAUGCGCGAGAGGCCCUCGAGAUCGCGUCUCGUGGCCGGGUCAAGUGCUACUAUGAGGCGAAACCCUUGUCUGCGCUAGCUGAAACUUACGAAGGCCUCGAGCAGGGUAAGAUUGUCGGUCGUAUUGUUCUUGACAUGCGGGACGACUAG